AAGGGCUGACUGCCACUGGGGAAGGAUCUCUUUCAGGAGAUUACUCCUCUUGGAGUUUUUUCUCUGAGCCUAUGACACAGAUUUCUCUCUGAACAGUGUGGAAAAGAUCAGCUGCAGUUUGUACACCCAAACCCAUCAGUGAGCAGAACAAAGGAAGCCUGAGGAAGGUAUUCACAGCACAGUGUCUGGGAAGACCUGAAGAAGAGGAACUGACAAAAUUCUCACAUUAUAAUAGAGGAAAAAAGAGAAAGCAGAUGUUUUCACCUGUCCACCGUGAACACAACGACAAAUAAUUUUUUUUCACUUGCCCUUGCAACAGCUUUUAUUUUUAUAGAACUGUUAACACCUCCUUCACUUUUCCUUUCCUCAGUUUAAACAAACUGUGUUCUCUGUCCUUCUGUACAAUUCAUGAUUUUUGCUCUCUUCUGCAGUGUUUCCAAGUAGUCCACAUAUUUUUAAGAAGUGAGGUGGCCUCAACCACUUGCAACACAACUUCCUGAUUUUCACCCCAAAGAUGGGAUUAGUUCCUCACCUACAAAUGAUUCACAGCUCUGACUGCAGGCUCUUGAAUAAAAUGUAAAGGUGAGAUUAGGUUCACUAUAUUCACUCUACUGCGCAAACAAUGAGUCACUUUCGCUGAGCAAUAUGUGUACAAAUGUAUUUUGCAUUUCUCUGUUGUAAAACCUGCCUCUUGCACUAGAGAGAAGAUGGAAGGUAUGGACAACCAAAGGGCAUUCACUGAGAGGGAGGCUGAAACUUCCUCUUCUGUUGAAGCUCUGUCACAGCUUCCCUUGGAAUGAUUCAUUAAUGUAAGAAUUACAGAAUGGUUUGUGUUGGAAUGGACCUCUAAGAUCAUCUAAGUUCCGCCCACUGCUGUAGGCGGGGACACGUCCCACUACACCAGGUUUCUCAAAGCCCCACCCAGACUGGCCUUGAAGGGGGCAUCCACACCCUCGCUGGGCAACCUGUUCCAGUGUCUCACCAACCUCACAGUAAAAAAUUGCUUCCUAAUAUACAGUCUAAAUCUACCCUCUUCCAGUUUAAAAUCAUUUCCCCUCAUCCUGCUGCUAAAUGCCCUUAUAUAAAGUCCCCCCCCAGCUUUCUUGUAAGCCCCCUUCAAGUACUGGAAGGCCGCUGUAAGGUCCCCCCCAAACCCUUCUUUUCUCCAGGUUGAAGAGCCCCCGCUCUCUCAGCCUGUCCUUGUAGAGGAGGUGCUCCAGCCCUCUGAUCAUCUUUGUGGCCCUCCUCUGGACCUGUUCCAACAGCUCCAUGUCCUUCUUGUGUUCAGAGUCCCAGAACUGGACACAUCUAGUUCUGAAAUCAGCUAAACUCUUCCUUCAUAUUAUAUACCGGAUUUGAGUAUUUCACAAGACCACAUUUUUUGUCUACUUUUUUUAUGCCUUGUAGCUCCUGGCCACUUCCAGCUUUCACACAAGCAGAUUAGAACAUUGUAAUCCUGUAAAUUUAAUCCAUUUUCCAUUGUACUGAAGAUUAACAUUAUUACAUUUUAAUUAUAGCAUAAGGAAAUGCGUGUAAAAUUUGAGCGUGAAAAGGAAAGGCUUAAAAAGUUCUCAUACUCUUAUCACUGUCUAAACACAUGCAUCAUCAGGGGACUCAAUCCUGCUUUCAGUACCACCUCGUAUGUUUAGUCACCCAAUCAGCCAGAUCAGAUUCUUCACAGAUAAUUUAGCUUAGCUGCAAAUUGGGACUUCAUUCCCCAGCCAUCCUUGUACGGCUCUUGAGAUGCAGAGAUUAAAGCUAGUUGAUAUGACUAUAUUAAAGAAAAAGAUCCAACGCAGCCCUAAUGCUAAAGGAAAGGUAUGCUUUUCUGAAGACAGCUUCACAUGCAUGCACUUCUCUAUGAAACUCUUCAGCCUAUAUGUAAGGACUGACCUGUAGAUCUCACGUCCAACACGCACUUACAUGCAAAAUGUUGUGUUAAAAUCAAUACCACAGAAUGCAUAGAAGUCCAUGUAUGGUUCUGAAUGAUUAGGAGAGCUAAUAAGAUAUAGGAGCUGCGAAAUAAAAUUGUCAUUCUUUCCAAAACAAAUUUCUAAAUUGUAAGAAAAAAAAUAUUCAGCUUUUAAUUGGUGUUACAUAGCAUUUGAUGGAUGUAAUAAUAAAACCAUGAAAAGUGGAUUCACAUCACUCAGAUUUUGAGCUAUGAUUACUGCCCAACUACCGCAAUCCCAAACUACUGCAAUAAAAUUAACUCCCCAAUAACACCUUCCCUUCAAGUCGUACUAGAGGACAUACAGACUUUUUCUGCAUCUGUCUUUUAUAUUCUUACUUUCUGAGGAAACUUUAUAUUUUCUCAGCACUUUAGCAAAGUAAUAACUAUUAUUAACAAGGAAAAAAAAGAAGCUAUGAAAAAUAUAUUAGACUCAGCCUAACUCUUUUAAUAGCAAUGUGAUAGAAUUUUUGAUCUUUACUUUUGCAGGAUUUUACAAAUUGUAACUUAUAUGAAAGCAUUAAGCACGAUUUUCAACUACACAGUUCCACAAAGGUCCAAAGACCUGCCCUAAUUGUUCCAGGCUAUAAAGCAUUUUUCUGUGCAUGCAAGGUAAAAAUAUGUAUUUGAGUAAAUGGUGAACUGUGCAGAAGAAAGAAAAAGAAAGACAAGAAAGGGCUAAACCAGAUCCAAUUGGAAAUGUAAAUCAUUAACGCAAGCACUUGCUGUAGGUGAACAUUUCAUUCUGUGUCUAGCCGAAUUCUGAUUUUUAAAAUCAACAAGGCAGAACAGAGGGUGUUGUGCCAAUGACUCUAUUUACUUAUGCUACAAUCAUAUUUAUUCACAUAUGAUUAAUGACUAAGUACACAGUGAACCUAUAAAACCUGAGGACAUGCAGUACCAAGCAGUGCUCCUGCUCCACUGUCACCUUGGAGCCCAAAGUACUUGGCAGCAGUUUGAUUGGAUGGUUUCUCCUAAUUCUCUAAAAACACAAUAAGAGUUAACUAUAACAAUUUGGUUUACUACACUUUUAGCUUUAUUAUAGGAAAUUUACAAUAUUGAUCUCAACAGAACUUGAAGGCUUGCAUCACAAUGUAUUGUGGAGAUUACCAGAUACAAGGAACAAUUUUUCCAGCUCCAAAUUUUAACCCUAUUAUGGAUGCUCAGUUGCUAGGAGGAGCCCUACAAGGAAUUAGUUGUGAAAAAGAUGUGUUGAUUGACAUCCUAACACAGCGCUGCAAUUCACAGCGGCUCAUGAUUGCUGAGGCAUACAGAGACAUGUAUGGCAGGGAUUUGAUUACAGACCUAAAAGAGAAUCUCUCUCAUCACUUCAAAGAAGUCAUGGUUGGCCUAAUGUAUCCACCUGCAUCCUAUGACGCCCAUGAGCUCUGGCACGCACUGAAGGGGGUAAACACAGAAGAAAAGUGUCUAAUUGACAUAUUAGCCUCAAGAUCAAAUAUGGAGAUAUUCCAGAUGAAAGAAGCCUACUUAACACAAUACAACAGUGAUCUUCAACAAGAUAUCGAUUCUGAGACUUCAGGGCACUUCAGAGACACUCUCAUGAACCUGGCUCAGGGAACAAGAAUGGAAGGAUAUGCAGAUCCUUCUACAGCUGCUCAGGAUGCAAUGAUUCUAUGGGAAGCCUGUCAGCAGAAAACAGGCGAACACAAAAACAUGCUGCAAAUGAUACUGUGCAACAGGAGUAACCAGCAGUUGUGGAUGGUUUUCCAGGAGUUCCAGAAUAUCUCUGGGCAAGACCUGGUAGAUGCCAUCAAUGACUGUUACGAUGGAUACUUUCAAGAACUACUGGUUGCAAUAGUGCUCUGUGUCCGUGACAAGGCUUCCUACUUCGCUUACAGACUUCAUAAUGCGAUUCAUGAUUUUGGGUUUCACAAUAAAACAGUCAUAAGGAUUCUCAUUGCCAGGAGUGAAAUUGACUUGAUGACUAUACGACAACGUUACAAAGAGAGAUAUGGGAAAUCACUCUUUCAUGAUAUUAAACAUUUUGCUUCAGGGCAUUAUGAGAGUGCUUUACUCGCUAUCUGUGCUGGAGAUGCUGAAGAUUAUUAAGAAAGAAGAUGAUGGAUUUUGAAGGCUGCAUAUAUUGAUUUUAAAUGGAAACUGAAGAUAUACACAACACAUUGUAAUUGUAGGAGAUAUCUACUCAAAAGAUCAGAAAAAUCUGUGCUAAACAUUUGACAAUUUUAAAUCUUUCUUGGAACAAGAAAAAUGUAAACAAACAUUGUCAGGAAUAUGGUUUUAUCCUGAUUUCUAACUAACAUUUCUGUUACUGUUUUUAUAGUAAAUUAAUGGAAGAAUUGGUAAAAGUACUUUAUAUAAGCAAACAUUUAUGAUUUAGUCUUGCAACACUCCAAAGCCUUAAGACAACAGGUUUGGUGAUCCUUUACCUCUAUUCACACCUGUUUUGAUGAGGAGAAAAAACAUCACUGGAAGGUGAGGCAUUUCAUGGCUUUCUGCAGAGAGCUUCCAUUCCAAAGGAUUAAAUUUUGAAACUUCA